AGAAGUUUAUGUAACAAAAAGCCCUUCAGUUGCCCCACGGGCCACGGUUUUCCUCUCCUCUAUCCUCGAAUGGCACCACCACCCUCAUCUGAGAUUCCGAACGGCGAGAGCAACGGAGUGCACGUCAGUAACAGCGAGCUUGCAAGAGUGGGGAACUGCAGAGUGGAGUGCAACCCAGUUCUAUCACAGCAGAAGAUCUCGAUAAGAGGAGUCGUUGAUGAGCUGCUGAAGUUGGCCAAUCCGGAAAAAGGUCUCGUCUCCUUGGGCGUCGGCGAUGCCGCGUCGUCCCGGUGCUUUCAGAAGGGGAAGGAGCGCUUCUCGGAGGCCGUCGCCGAUGCCGUAUCCUCGUCGGCGUUUGACUGCUAUGCUCCUUCCUACGGCUUUCCGUUUGCCCGCCGUGCAGUGGCAGAGUAUUUGUCAAGGGACACAAAGCAUGGCAUCAGGGAGGGGGAUGUGUACUUGACUGUGGGAGGCACACAGGCUCUCCAUGUGUGCUUGACCGUGCUGGCCAGCCCAGGAGCCAACUUGUUGCUGCCUCGCCCCGGCUUCGCCCCUUACGAAACUGCCUGUGAAAUCUAUGGCAUUGAGGCCAGGUACUACCACCUUCAACCCCAUUGGGGAUGGGAGCUCAAUCUUGAUCAAGUUCGGUCCCUUGCCGAUGCCAACACAGUCGGCAUCGUCAUCAUCAACCCUAGCAACCCCUGCGGUGCCGUCUUUUCUCCCUUCCACCUCCAACAGAUUGCCGAGACUGCAAGAGACUUGAAUAUCCCUGUAAUUGCUGAUGAGUUAUAUGGGCAUAUGGUCUUUGGUGAUAGCAAAUUUGUGCCACUAGCCUCUUUUGCUCAUUUGACACCAGUUAUUACGAUAGGAGCUUUGUCAAAGCGUUGGAUGGUUCCUGGAUGGCGUCUUGGAUGGAUAGCCAUAUGCGAUCCUCAUGAGACUUUUAAACAAGUUAAAGUGGCAAUUGAGAUGCUUAUGAACGUAACAUCAGGUCCAGCUUCUGUAAUUCAGGCAGCAGUUCCUGGUAUUCUUUCUAAUUCACAUGAGGAGUUUCACAAGAAUGUCCUCACAGUGUUGGAGUCCUCAGCUGAAACACUUUACACAAGAAUAGUUCAUAUUGAAGCACUGAAAUGUCACUCAAGGCCUCAGGGUUCAAUGUUCAUGAUGGUUGAGAUCAACCCUGCCCUUCUACUUGGCAUAGAGAAUGACAUGGACUUCGCUAGGGAGUUGAUAAAAGAAGAAUCUCUCUUGGUGCUUCCAGCUUUUGCAGGUACCCCAUAAUUCAGCAAAUAAAAAGUUUUGCAUGAGGAAUAUGUGCCAAGGCAAGGAAGCUGUGAACAUACUCAGAACAAGUCAGUUUUGUUUCCAUAAGGGCAUCAGCUGGAGGUAGGAAAGAUCAUAUCUUCAAUCAAGUACAGAUGAACAAUUUUUGAUAAGGGCUCCAGUUCAGCUUCAUAGACCAUUAAUAUUAACAUUAGGAACAAUAAUAAAAGAGUUGAUCUCCUCUCUUCUUGAGGGUCACUGUGCUAGCAUCUUUCAUUUAGAGGCUUACAUGGUCCAUUAGCUUCUAACCUAAUUCUUCAUUUCGACAGCUGAUUCACACUGUGUUGAAAUCUGAGUUAUACUUACCUGUUAUUAGAGUUUGACAAAGCCUGGAAGUUCAAGUCAAAUGGUAAAUUAGAUAUCUAAUUGAGUUUAAGCUUGUUACUGUACUAAUUAUGAGUUUAAUGAU